GGUAGAACCGCGCCACAACUGUUUCCAAUUUUCCGGUUUACUAUCACCCCCCUGUGCAGCUGGAUUUUGACAUUUUUGUUGAGUUUUUGACAUUAAAGCUGUGCAUUAAAGCAAAGUCGAGCAAAGUUAAAGUUUGGUUUUUGGUCAUGUUUUCCCGUUUCUCGGCCCGGCAAUUCUGAAAAUUAAUUGCAAAUGUUUAAUAAGUAUUUUCAGUAUUUAUUAUGAAGUGCGGUGGGUGCAAUAAGCAGUUUCUUCGAUAUAGUGACCUUAGGAGACAUGUUAAAAAGUUUCACAGUGUUGAACUUGACGAAUUGGCUCCUCUGAAAAGACAUCAAAAACAAUAUGAUUUUCUUUGUAGUGUUUGUGCGAAAAACUUUAGUCAUAAGAAAAACUUGAAUGCCCAUUUGAAAACGCAUAGUGUCGAUACUCAGGAAGCUGGCAUUUCAAAAAGGAAUAGAUCCAAGAAGUGUCCCUUGUGUUCUUAUGAAAAUCACCUUAAAUGUCAGUUUAAUGACCAUUUUAAGAACGUCCAUGAUAUUCAAAUCACUAUGAAAGAAUUGAUGUUCAAAACAUUUGACGAAUUUAAUUUGUGGAUGGCCUAUAUAGAGAAGGAAACACAAUCCAAAUUUAUCAAAUAUCGAGGUACAAUUGUCAAAAAAUCAGGCAGUAAAAUUAGUUAUUACUGCCAUAGAUCAGGUUUUUUCAACUCAGAAAGUAAAGGGAUCAGGCACUUAAAGACAAAGGGGAGUAAUAAAAUAAAUGGGUUUUGUCCAGCCAGAAUUGAGGUAUUGUCAGAGAAGAAUGGUCAGUGCAAAAUAAUGUUCACGCAAACACAUGUUGGACAUACAAAUUGUGACUUAGGACAUCUAUCUCUCAGCAAGCUUGAAAAUGACCGAGACGAAAAUAAUUUAUGCAUAGAAAUAGAUUCAAAACAAGCCGAAACAAAAGACCUUGUGCAAUUAGUAAUAAUUGAUAUACCUGGUGCUACCAGAAAUCAGUCUGUAGAAGAAGAUGUGAGAAAAAUGAGGGAUCAUAUUAAUGAAGUUUUGGAUAAAGUCACGACCAAGGAGCAGGUGGAGGCCUUGAAAAAACUUAUAGCUCCUAUGGAACCGACCUUAUUAGCGGUUAUGCAAAAACCAUCAAAAUCUUUAUUGGGAACUGUUGUAUCGGAAAAUCAACAAAAAUUCCUGCAAAUAAAAAAAUCUCAACACAAAGACGGUUGUACGCCACAAGAAAUCCAAAAAGAGACAAGCCAAUCAAAAUCGCCUAAAAAAACUAACAUAUGAACAUCCUGAUAAACUGGCAUUAAAAAUGAUGCUAAAAUGAAUAAUUAAAAUUAAUCAAUAGUGUUGUUUGUUUAGCCUUAUUUCUUUUUGGAAAAAAUAUGUUAUACCUACAAUAGGUACCUAAUAUUUUUUUGUAAAUAUUCAUCAAUAGUAUUCAUGAUUUGACGCUUUUAAAUUUAUUGACGGUUGAAAAAAUAAUCUUGUCUUUCAAUAGAGUUUUAAAAAAAAUGUUUAAAAAAUUAUAUUCCCUUGAAGUGCUUGAAUUGGCUUGAAUCUUGAAUGACUGGGCCUUGUGACUGGUGACUGGGCGAAGUUUCUCUUUUUGGAAAACUGAAAUUGCCUUUUGCACCGAUUGUCGUUCGAUCGUGUAAAUACAAAUAAAUAAUAUGAAAGAGUUUAUAAUAUAUUUUUCAUAAGAUUCUUAUAU